AUGACACGGAGUCCUGUCACCACCCCAGCCGCUGCAGAUAAUGGCGAAAGACCCCCAAAGACCCUUGAAGUACAGAAAAACUUCAAGGUGCUCCAACUCCAUGGGUUGAGGACGACUCACCUGAGGACUGAAUGGCCGAAAUACCAGCGGCUGCAGCAGCAGGUGACCCGGCUGCACGAGGCGUUCAGGAGCCAGGAGUCCCGGUGGGCCGCGGCUCAGCGCCAGCUCCAGAGCCAGAUAGACGCUCUCGCGCGACAGAACCAGGAGCUCCGGGAUGGACUGAAGGCCCUGGGGCCGCUGCGGCUGGGAGCCAGGGAGGCCGACUCAGCGGCCCUGGGCACCAGAAGGAAGCCGGACGCUCUGGUGUCGCAAUCUGCUUUUGGGAAAACGUUACCACUGUCAACUGAUGAAGAAAUAUUAGUGAAACACGCAGGCCGCAGAAGUCGUAGUGCUACUGUCAUAGGACAAGGACAGUCAUCUAAACAUCUCCCUUCUUCCCAGGCCACACGCCGGUCCUCCGGAAGACUGCAAGAACCGAGUAGCCUAAACCCGCCAGAGCCCGCCGCGGGUGUUGUCAGGCUCAAGGAGGACCGCCCAGCAGCUGAGGAAAAUGGCAUGCGUUCACAGCCUUGCAUGGGUCCUGAGGGCAGGCUUCUCAACCCAGAGCAGACUGAUGGGUCUGCCCACUCCCUGCUGGGCACUGCCAAGCCACAGAAUCCUCCUGUAGAUCCAGGACCUUCCCACAUGGACCCCGAGAUAAAGCAGGGGGACAAAGAAGAAGAAACGCGGUCCCCGGCCGGUGAGGUGGCUCAGGCACUUGGUGACGGCCGUGAAGCCAUCACCUUUUCGAAGGGCACCGGCAAGGACAGGGGGGCCGGCAAGAAGACCACCAUCCUGCGGUUUUUAAACGGGGACAUGAAGAAGAUCCUGCCAGAUCAGAGAGUGGUUUACUAUUAUGCAGACGCUCAGAUAAUGCGCACAACCUAUCCCAGCGGUUUGGACAUCGUGCGGUUUCCUGACAAGCAGACAGAAAAAUACCACCCUGAUGGUUCAAAGGAAAUCGUGUUUCCGGACGGGACAGUGAAACGUCUGAGUGACGGAUGUGAAGAGACUGUGUUUCCUGACGGGACAGUCGUCAGGGUGGAAAGGAACGGCGACAGAACCAUUGUGUUCAGCAAUGGGCAGAAGGAGAUCCAAACGGCUGGGUUCGAGAGGAGGGAAUACCCCGAUGGUACCGUCAAGACUGUGUACUGCACGGGCUACCGGGAAAGGCGGUCUGCAUCCGGGGCCGUGAAGAUCAGGAUCAUCCCCAAAUGUGUUCCCACCACCCACUUCCCUGUGUCCCUCCCAGGGGCCUAG